ACGACACAAAACUUACCGUGUGCUAAAACUCACACCACUUUUCUUCGUGAGCCCUAUUUCCGCCUCCCCGCAGGCGAGGAGGCCAGGCAAAGCAGGGAACUAGGAGAGGAAAGCGGCCGAAAGGAAGAAUAAAAGGCCGAACGCCGAAGCUCGAACGAAGGUCUCAUAGUAAUCCGUCCGUCAUGGCGGAAGAAAAGAAGCACAGCGUGAUUCCUCCUCGCUAUGACCUCGAUGCCAAGUGGGACGCCUGCCUCGAUCUCACUAUCCGCCGCUUCUUCUACUCCUCCCUCGCCGGCGCCUUCACCGGACUCCUCCUCUUCCGGAGUCCAACAACUCGAUGGGCAUCUGUAGCUUUUGGUGCUGGAGUGGGAAUUGGAGCAGCAUAUACUGAAUCUUCUUACAUAUUUGAUGGUUCACCUCCAAAGUUGUCUCCAAAUGUUUCAGCUGGGCCUUCUGGUUCUGCACAAGAGGAACAGAAGUGAAGGAUGCCAAUGGAAUGCUGGAACAAUUAGGUUGGGGAUAUUUAUUGGGAUUACUUGAAUUGAAGGGCUUGAUGUUGCUUUCUUUCUCCCAUGUAUCUGCGGCAUUUUUCUAUGGUUCCAAUACAUGUAAUACUGAUUUUGCCAAUUCGACAAGAAUACUGUAACAAUUGUGGCGUUGGUUGAUUCUGGAGAGCAGAUAAUAAAUGUCUCCCAUGUAAUCUGGUAUGUGUCACUGCGGCAAUAGUUCGAACAUUUAUGCUAAAUCGUCAGACCUCUACAACCUUUUUCUUUAAGGAAAGGAAAAACAUUUCUU